AUGGCGCUUUCAGGUACCUCCACGCACCUCGUUCUGCUCGUGUUCUGGACUUUAUCGCGCUGUUCUGUCUCCAGUCAAGUUCGGCAGGAGUUUGAGGUUCUUGAGGAGCAGCCGGUGGGCACCUAUGUGGGCACCAUCGAGACCAAACCCGCCUUCACGUACAGAUUCAGCGAGCAGCACAAACUUUUUUCCAUCAACGCGACGACGGGCGUCAUCUACACGUCCUCCGUGAUCGAUCGGGAAGUUCUGCCCGGGAACAUCAUCAAUGUGGUGGUGCUGUCCAGCCAGCCGACUUACCCGACUGAAGUGCGCAUCGUGGUGCUGGAUAUCAAUGAUAACGCGCCCGUGUUUCCCGACGCGUCGAUAGUGGUGUCGUUUAAAGAGGACGCGAGCAGCGGGCGGCAGGUCAUUCUGGACACCGCCACCGACGCGGACAUCGGUAGCAACGGAGUGGAUCACACCACAUACCGGAUCAUCAGCGGGAACGACCAGCGGAAAUUCCGCCUGGACAUCACCGUCAACCCGAGCGGAGAGGGCGCGUUUUUACACCUAGUCUCCACUGGAGGGCUGGACAGAGAAACGACUCCAUUCUACCAGCUGCUUAUUCAAGUGGAAGAUAAAGGAGAGCCCAAAAAGUUUGGCUAUCUUCAAGUAAACGUCACUAUUCAGGAUAUAAACGACAACCCUCCCUCUUUUGACCAUGAGCAGUAUCAGACUAGUGUGUUUGAGGAUGCUGCCGUCGGCUCUAGUGUGCUGCAGAUUGCAGCCAGUGAUCUGGAUGAAGGUGCAAACGCUGAAAUAACCUAUCUUUUAGAUGAGGGGACUCCUUUUCAGAUUGACCCCAAGGCUGGGACUGUUGUUAUAAAGGAGGGGUUGGAUUACGAGACUAAAAGGGAGUAUUCUCUCACCAUCCACGCUGUGGAUAACGGCGUCCCUUCACUUUACACUAGAACUGAAGCUACUGUUAAAUUGCUCGAUGUUAACGAUAAUGACCCCGUUGUUAAAUUUCGAUACUUUCCUACGACUUCCAAAUUCGCGUCAGUGGAUGAAAACGCCCAGGUGGGCACUGUUGUAGCACUGUUGACUGUUUCUGAUUCAGACUCGUCCACCGCCAACGGCAACAUCUCAGUUUCUAUACUUGGCGGAAACGAGCAAAGACACUUUGACGUGCACAGUUCGCCCGUCCCCAAUUUGAGUCUGAUCAAAGUGGCCAGCGUGCUAGACCGAGAGCGCAUUUCAUCCUACAACCUCACUGUUUCAGUGUCAGAUAACGGCAAGCCCUUGGCCCGCUCGUCUUUCGCUAGUCUGGUUAUAUUUGUGAAUGAUAUUAACGACCAUCCGCCCAUAUUUCAGGAAGCCGUGUAUAGAGUAGACAUCAGCGAGGACAUUCCUAAAGGCAGCUACAUUAAAGGGGUUUCAGCCACAGAUGGAGACUCCGGGCAGAACGCCAACCUGCGCUACUCGCUGGUGUCUGGAAACAGUUUGGGCUGGUUCGCCAUCAGCGAGAACAGCGGUUUGGUUACCAGCGCUGCAGAGCUCAAUAGGGAAACAGCCUCUGAAAUAGUGCUCAAUAUCAGUGCCAAGGACCAAGGCCUGCAGCCUAAAAUAUCCUACACUAAAUUGAUAGUCAACAUCACAGACGUUAACGACCAGGUACCUACUUUCACACAAAACACAUAUCACGUUUCCAUAACGGAGCAUUCCCCUGCGGGAUCCGAGCUUGUCGUGCUCUCCGCCACUGAUUCAGAUCUCGGCCCUAAUGGUACGAUCCGCUUCUCAUUUGAUUCAGAAACUCCUGUGAGCGAUCAGAAUAAAUUCAGACUAGAUUCCACAUCAGGACGUUUGAGUACGUCCACAGAGUUAGACAGAGAGGAAGAAAGCUCAUAUCUGCUCUACAUUAGAGCCACAGAUUCAGGCGCCCCCCCUCUGCACUCCGUCUGCAAGGUGAAUAUCACUCUUAAGGAUGUUAACGAUAACAGUCCGGUGUUUUACCCCAUGCAGUAUUUCGCUAACAUUAAAGAAAACGAGCCCUCCGGCUCAUCUGUGACAACGGUAACCGCUUCAGAUCCAGACCUAGGCCGCAACGGCACUGUUAAAUACGCUAUCACCGCUGGCGAUUCCUCUAAGUUUCACAUUAGCAGCACUUCUGGUAAAGUUACGACGUUAGUGGCGCUGGAUAGAGAAGAGAAAACCGCGUAUCAGCUGCAGGUCACUGCGACAGAUGGCGGCGGCUUGCGCUCACACACCCCGGCUAUAGUCACCGUCACUGUGGUAGACACGCAAGACAACCCGCUGGUGUUCGGUCAGAAAGACUACAGCUUUGUUAUGUUUGAGAACGUGCCCGUGGGCACUAUUAUCGGCACCGUGUCGGCCACCACAGUGGAUCUGCACACAAAUAUCACUUAUUUAAUUGCAUCCGGCGAUCAGCGCAGUUUGUUUGGCAUUAAAGCAGGCCAGAUUACAGCGUUAGGGCUGAUAGACAGAGAAGAGCAGGCUUUCUAUCAGCUCAGGGUGAUCGCUAGGGCCGGGGAGGUCACAGGGGAAACUUUAGUGAACAUUACAGUCAAGGAUUUGAACGAUAACGCGCCUAACUUCAUGCAUAGCGUCGAGCAUGUUAGUGCUGUUGAAAACUGGGCUACAGGUCAUCACAUAUUCCAAGCUAAAGCUUCAGAUCCUGAUGAGGCGACCAAUGGGAUGAUUGUAUACAGUCUCAAGCAAAACCCUAAAGGCUUGUUUCACAUCCACGAGAAGCAUGGCUUAAUCUCUCUCACCGGCCCUCUUGAAGUCACCACGAGUUCAUAUCAGCUGGAGGUCGUGGCUUCUGACCUGGGCGUCCCUCAGCGCACGUCAAGCCUAUUCCUCACUAUUAGUGUGUACGACGUUAACGAUAACGCUCCAGUCUUCGACCAGCUCUCGUAUGAGGUCACCAUUCUCGAAUCAGAACCCGUCAAUAGUCGAUUUUUCAGAGUUGAGGCUACUGAUAAAGACUCUGGCGUCAAUGGGGAAAUCGUGUAUGAUAUCAUUAGCGGGAACACGCGUGAUGUUUUCGGGAUUUUCCCUGACGGGCAGUUGUAUAUAAAGGCAGAUCUGGAUAGAGAGGUGCAAGAUCGCUAUAGUUUAUUAGUGGUGGCUAAAGACAGAGCGGUCGAGUCUCUGAGCGCUAGUGUUAACGUGAGCAUCCUCCUGGAUGACAUCAAUGACAACCGUCCGCUCUUUAACAGCACUAACUAUGUGUUUCACUUCGAGGAAGAGCAGGAGCGAGGCGCUCUAGUUGGACGGGUGUUCGCUGAGGAUAAAGACUUCGGGCCUAACAGUGAAGUGCGGUAUUCCUUUGAAACGCCGCAGUCGAAUUUUGAGCUCAACGCAAUCACUGGCGUAUUAACAAGCACUCUACAGUUAGACCGAGAGUCUUUAAUGAGGCAGAGAGGCGCCGCGGUGUUCAGCUUUACAGUGCUGUCCUCAGAUCAGGGUCUUCCCAAACCCCUCAAAGACCAGGCCAAAGUGCAGGUGUACAUACAGGACAUCAACGACAACCCGCCCAAGUUCACUAAGGACAUUUACCAGGCCUCGAUUGCAGAAUCCGCCCAGAACAUGACACAGCUGCUCCGAGUGUCCGCCUCAGAUGUGGACGAAAACAAAAACGGCCUCGUCCACUAUGACAUCACCGAGGGGAAUGAGGAGAAGCAGUUUAGCAUCGACAGCAAUUCCGGUCAAGUUACUCUAGUGGGGAAACUAGACUACGAAACAACACCCUCUUACUCCCUCAAAAUCAUCGCAGAGGAUUCUGGGAGCGUCCCUCUGUCUUCAACCUGCGUGCUGAGCAUCAGCGUUCUGGAUGAUAACGAUAACUCUCCGUCAUUCCCCAAAUCUACACUCUCAGUGGAUGUGCUGGAGAAUAUGAGGAUCGGGGAGCUGGUCGCCUCUGUGACCGCCACCGAUUCCGACUCCGGAUCCAAUGCUGAUAUCACAUACAGCAUCUCCGCCACUAAUAACCACGGCACAUUCAGCAUCAGCCCCAACACCGGCAGCAUUUUCCUCGUCAAGAAGCUCGAUUACGAAACCCAGUCUCUUUACAAACUCAACGUCACAGCUAAAGACAGCGGGAGGCCGUCCAGAUCCUCUUCAAUCCCGGUUAUCAUUCAUGUACGAGAUUUUAACGACAACCCUCCUGUUUUUACACCAGGAGACAUUUUUAAAUCGAUCCCCGAAAACCUCCCGAUCUCCACUUCUGUGAUGUCCAUAACAGCUCACGACACCGACGCGGAUAUAAACGGACUGCUGGAGUACUCUAUUGCGCUGCAGACCCCUCGGGGUGGACAUUUCCGCAUUGAUUCGGUGUCUGGAGUGAUAUACACUAAUAAAGACAUCGACAGAGAGUUCUCAAACCUCUUCGAGCUCACGAUCAAAGCAACCGAUCAAGCCGUGCCUGCAGAGUUUCGUCGUUUUGCUCUUAAAAACGUCACGAUAUGGGUGACGGACCAAAAUGACAACAUCCCCACGUUUAUCUCGCAGAACGCUCUAGUUGCUGAAUCUAACAUCGUGAUUGGGUCAAUUCUGACCACCGUGUUGGCGUUUGAUCCUGAUGAGGGUGCGAAUGGGGAGGUGGAGUACGAACUGGUGAGAGGAGAUUCAGACACGUUUAUUAUGGAUCGGUACAGUGGGGAUAUUAGACUCGCGUCUCAGCUAAUUCCCUCAAAACUCAUCUAUAGCUUGAUGGUUUCUGCUACAGAUCACGGCACUGACCGAAAAUCCUCGAGGACUGAGCUAACUAUUAUUCUCCAGGGUACCGACGGUCCAGUUUUCUCCCAGCCCAAAUACAUCACCAUACUGAAGGAGGGCCAGCCAGCAGGAACAAACGUCAUCUCUCUGGAUGCCUCGAGCCCACGUGGCGCCGGCACCAAGGUGGAGUAUUUCAUUGUCUCAGUCCGAAGUGGAGGAAAGGCCGCUGGACGGCUUUUCACAAUCGGACGCCAUUCAGGAGUGAUCCAAACGGCUGCCGAACUGGACCGGGAGCAAGGCUCGGAUUUGUACCUCCUAGACGUGUACGCCAUUGAAACAGACGCCAAACAGCCCAGAACGCAGCAUGCAGAGGGUGCAAACGCUCUGGUGACCUACGCCAUCAUCAGCGGUGCGGACGAUAGUUUCCGCAUCGAUCCAGAAUCCGGUGAACUUAGCGCCACCAGGCGUCUGGACCGCGAGCGCCGGUCGAAGUAUUCUCUGCUGGUGCGGGCGGACGACGGGCAGCAGUCCUCCGACAUCUGGGUCAACAUUACCGUCAGUGACAUCAACGACCACACGCCCACUUUCAGCCGCUCCGUCUACUCAUUCGACAUCCCAGAGGACAUGAGUCCAGGCUCGAUUGUGGCAGCGAUUCUGGCCAGUGAUGGUGACUCUGGUGUGAAUGGCGAGAUCACGUACUCAGUGGAGGAGGAUGAUGAGGACUCCACCUUCCUCCUGAACCCCAUCACCGGUGUGUUCAAUGUGACGCGAGCGCUGGACUUCGAGACGCAGCCGUUCUUCAUCCUGACGGUGCGGGCUGCGGAUGGUGGCGGCCGCUCCAGCUCGGUGCGGGUCUACUUUAAUCUGCUGGACGUCAAUGACCAUCCACCGCUCUUCAACAGCUCCGUCUACACCACAUCCAUCCUGGAGAGUCUGAGUGCUGGAGCCUCUGUCCUCACUGUGAGCGCAGCGGACCGAGACCACGGGCCGAACGCUGAUCUGCAUUACUCUAUAGCCUCCGGCGACCCUCAAUCUCAGUUCAGCAUCACGAACACCGGCGUUUUACACACAACGAAGACUCUGGAUCGAGAAACACAGUCAUUUUAUAACCUGGUGAUCACAGUAAAUGACCUGGCACUGCCACCCUCCACCCGCUUCACCAGCACCGCCCAGAUCUCCAUCAUCCUGCUGGACGUCAAUGACUGCGCCCCCGUCUUUACCUCCCCGAGAACGGCCUACAUCCAGGAGAACACGCCGGUGGACAUGCGUGUGUUUACUGCGCAGGCCAGCGAUGCUGACAGCGGACCCAACAGCUAUGUGGAGUAUUCCCUGAGCGGGGCGUUCGGGAGUAAAUUCGGGAUUGGGAUGAUCGACGGAGGAGUGACGCUGCUGGGAGAACUGGACCGGGAGGAGAUGGAGAACUACACGCUCACUAUCGUGGCCACCGAUAAAGGAGAUCCGCCGCUGUCGUCCAGCAUGGAGGUCAUCAUGAUGGUUUUAGAUGUAAACGAUAACACGCCGAGCUUCUCUCAGAACAUCUACGACAUCGAAAUCCAGGAGAACACGCUCACCGGCACCGACAUCCUGCAGGUGUUCGCCAGCGACGCCGAUGAGGGAACCAACGGUCAGAUCCGCUUCUCCAUCACCGGUGGGAACCUGAACUCUGACUUCCGCAUGGACUCUGUGACGGGGGUGAUCUCUGUGGCCAAGCUGCUGGACCGGGAGAGCAGAUCCUCGUACUCUCUGCAGGUGCAGGCUGCGGAUCGCGGCAGCAGUCCUCGUGUGGACCGAGCCACCGUUAACAUCGUGCUGUUGGAUGUGAACGACUGCGCUCCGGUGUUCGAGCUCUCGCCGUACACCAUCAGCGUCCAGGAGAACCUCGGAAACCUGCCCAAGAACAUCCUACAGGUUGUGGCUCGUGAUGAUGAUCUGGGCACAAACGGUCAGAUCAGCUACAGUCUGUCCAGCGGGAACGACGCCGGAGCCUUCAGUCUGUCAGCCAGCGGGCAGCUCAACCUGAUACACACCCUGGACCGGGAGACGCAGGACACACACACACUGAUCAUCACUGCACACGAUGCAGGUCUGCCAUCUCUCAGCGGUUCGGGAACCGUGACAGUGCUUGUCGGUGAUGUGAAUGAUAAUAUCCCAUCAUUCAGCUCGAUGUCUUUCCACACCACCAUUCCUGAAGAUGCACCGACUGGCACAGACGUCUUGUUGCUCAACAGCUCCGAUUCAGACGUGGGACUCAAUGGAGUGAUCAGCUACAGUCUGAGUGGUGGAGAUGGUCAGUUCUCCAUUAACCCGUCCACAGGACUGAUCAUUACAAGCUCCUUGUUGGAUCGAGAGACACGAGCGAGUUACCAGCUGCUGGUAGUGGCAUCAGACGGAGGGCAGCCCACGCCACUAUCCAGCUCUGCUACAGUGUCCGUGGUGGUGGCAGAUAUCAACGAUAACCCUCCGCGGUUUCACCAUCAUCCAUACGUCACACACAUACCUGCCUCUACUUCCACAGGCUCACUCGUCUUUGCGGUCACGGUAACAGAUGAAGAUUCUGGAUCAAAUUCCCAACUUCACUAUUCCCUCACCGGACGCAAUUCAGAAAAGUUCAAGAUAGACCCAAUCAGAGGUGCCAUCACUGCCAGUGAAAAACUCACAGGGAGUUCAGAGGUCACUUUCACGGUCCAUGUAAAAGAUGGAGGGACCAAUCCUAAAACAGACAGCACAACGGUUACAGUUCGCUUCGUUACUGGAGGAGACUUCCCACAUAUUAAACUCAAGGACAAAGCCUUCACCUUCCCAGAAAACCAACCCACAAACACCAUUGUGACUAAGGUGACUGGGUCCUCACCUAGGGCAGGUCCUUUGUCGUAUUACAUAGCAAGUGGAAACCUGGACAAUGCCUUCCACAUAGAUCAACUUUCAGGGGAGCUGUCUAUCAGAAAACCUCUGGACUAUGAGAAUAUUGAGAAGUACGUUUUGUGGAUUGAGGCUCGAGAUCAAGGAUUCCCUCCUUAUUCCGCAUAUGAAAAAGUAGAGAUCGCAGUGUUGGAUGUUAACGAUAACCACCCUGUUUUUGAGCAAGAGCCAUUCCAUGCUGAGAUUUUAGAAAAUCUCUCACCUCAACGUGUGCUUGUAGUCUCCGCUUUAGACCAGGAUAGCGGACCAAAUGGGCAGCUGGAAUAUGCCAUAAUUGAUGGAAACAAAGAAAACAGUUUUAACAUCAACCGGGCAACUGGGGAAAUCCGCACAACACGACCACUGGAUCGAGAAAAGGUUGCUCAGUAUUCCUUGAGAGUGAAGGCAACAGAUAGAGGCAUGCCUCCGAAAAGUACAGCAGUCAAAGUCUUAAUCAGUGUGUUGGAUGUUAAUGAUAACGCUCCCAGAUUCUCAAAAAUCUUCAGCGCCACUGUACCUGAAAACGCACCAGUGGGAUUCACUGUCACCCGAGUGACCACCACGGAUGAGGAUGCAGGUGCUAAUGCUAUAAGCCGAUACUCCAUCACUGACGCAAGUCUUCCCUUCAUCAUCCACCCCAGCACAGGAGACAUCACGAUCAGUAGACCUCUGAACAGAGAAGACACAGACCACUACAUUGCCAAAGUCUCAGCACACGAUUCAGGGUGGACUGUUAGCACAGAUGUCACGAUAUUUGUAACAGAUAUUAACGAUAACGCCCCAAGAUUUAGCAAGCCAUCAUAUUAUUUAGACUACCCUGAGCUAACUGAGAUUGGCUCCAUUGUGACACAAGUCUCCGCAACAGAUCCUGACGAGGGAUUCAAUGGGAAAAUAUUUUACUUUAUCAGAUCUCAAACGGAGUACUUCCGAAUCAACUCCAGUUCUGGUGAGAUCUUCAUUAAACAGCAGCUGAGGUAUCAAAACUCUAGUGGCCACAACAACAUCAAUGUAAACCGGCAUAGUUUCAUUGUCACUGCUUCAGACCGAGGCAUCAAGCCGCUCAUGAGCGAAACCACAGUUAUGAUCAACGUAGUUGAUAGCAAUGAUAACCCACCCACAUUCGAAUCUCCUUCAUACUUCACUCCUGUUACUAAAAGUGUGAAGGUCGGUACCAGACUUCUCAAAGUAACAGCCUACGAUAAGAAGGACUUUGGGCUCAACUCUGAAAUAGAGUAUGCGAUAUCUGGAGGUAACAGUUCCAACAAGUUCCGCUUGGAUAAACAAACUGGAUCAGUUACAGUAGCCUCCUCCCUCGCUGCAGACACAAAUAAAGUUUACCUGCUUGAAAUAACGGCGAGUGACAAAGGGAACCCUCCUCUCUCUGAUAGGACAACAGUGAAAAUAGCUGUGACAGAAGAGAACCAUCAUACUCCUGAGUUUUCACAGAACCAAGUAACCGUCACGGUGUCUGAAGCUCUGACUGUCGGCACAGCAAUCCGUACACUUUCAGCUCGAGAUAAAGACAAGGACAAACAAAUGAAUGGCCUUAUCACGUACAACAUCUCAUCAGGUAAUGACGAUGGCUUGUUUUCAGUUCACAGUCAAACUGGUGUUUUAUCCCUAGCAAAGACACUGGAUUACGAAACAAAACAGAAGCAUGAACUCAGAGUGUCUGCAACAGACGGAGGGUGGAUCGCCAAGACAAGCUAUGUCACAGUUAACAUCCAGGUCACUGAUGUAAAUGAUAACCCCCCUGUGUUUGACCCAGUUGAAUACUUCCCAGUCGUUCAGGAGAAUGUCCCCAGUGGCACUACUGUGGUUAAAAUGAAUGCAACUGAUAAAGACUCGGGUUCAAACGCCCUGAUGGCAUACGUGAUUCAGUCCUCAGACAGUGACUUGUUCAUAAUUGACCCCAAUACAGGAAUCAUCACUACACAAGGUUUCCUGGACUAUGAAGCUAAACAGGUGUACCACCUGACUGUCAAAGCCUUUAACGUACCAGAUGAAGAAAGAUGCAGCUUUGCAUAUGUUAACAUUCAGCUGAAAGGUGCUAAUGAGUACGUCCCGCGUUUUGUGUCAAAGCAGUACUACUUUGAGAUCUCAGAGGCAGCGCCUAAAGGCACAGUUGUUGGGGAGGUGUUUGCUAGCGACAGAGACUUGGGAGAAGAUGGUGUAGUGUAUUACCUGAUUUUUGGGAGAAGCAGAAAAAGGGGGUUCAGCAUUAAUAAGAAAACAGGCCAGAUCUACGUCUCAGGAUCACUUGAUCGCGAAAAAGAAGAGAAGAUUUCCCUGAAAGUCUUAGCUAAGAACGCAGGCAGCAUAAGGGGGGCAGAUAUUGAUGAGGUGCUUGUGAACAUUACAGUUCUGGACGCCAACGAUCCUCCGGUAUUCACCCAGGAACUCUAUGACGUUCAGGUGAAUGAGGGUCUGUCUCCUGGUGGCCUGGUUACAUUUGUUAGUGCUGAGGAUUCAGAUUCUGUACCUAGCUGGAGCAGAUUCACCUAUGCCAUCGCUGCCAACCAUGAAAGAAAUACCUUCACCAUCAACCCCCAGACAGGACAGGUGUCUGUUGCAUCAGAACUGGACCGGGAAACUGUCCCCGUGUAUAACCUCACCAUCCUGGCAGUCGACUCAGGUUCUCCAGCUGCCACUGGUAGUGCCAUUUUAAUUGUGACCCUUGAAGAUAUUAACGAUAACGGACCGACUUUGGUGACUACAUAUGGGGAGGUGAUGGAGAACCAGAGGGCAGGAACACCUGUGAUGACACUCAGUUCAAGAGAUCCAGAUCUUGCACCAAAUCAAGGCCCAUUCACAUACAGUCUCGUCAGCACAGGGGCAGCAUCCAGCUACUUCACCAUCAGUCCAACUGGGGAGCUCACCACCAGCCGGGAGGUCGACCGAGAGCAGAUAAGCGAUUUCUACCUCUCUGUGCUCAUCAAAGACUCAGGAAUUCCUCAGAUGUCCUCAACAGGAACUGUCCACAUCAAAGUCAAUGAUCAGAAUGAUAAUCCCUCGGAGUCUCGCUCUGUGGAGAUCUAUGUCCAUUAUUUUGGAAAUAUGUUCCCUGGAGGAUCCCUGGGGGUGGUGAAGCCACAGGAUCCGGAUAUCCAAGACACGUUUCAGUGUUCUCUGACUCCGCCAGCGGCUCUCCUCUUCAGCAUUCCCACCGGAACCUGUGACCUCAUCUCUAACAGUCGCUCCACAGAUGGAACGUUUGAUUUAUCAGUGCGUAGCAACGAUGGCGUCCACAGUGCUGUCAACAGCCAUGUGCGUGUUUUCUUCAUUGGGUUUAACAAUGCCACAGUGGACAACAGCAUCCUGAUACGUGUCACCACCAAAAGCGCAAGUGACUUCCUUUCCAAUCACUACCUCAGUUUCUUGCGCAUCGCCAAUUCACAGUUAGCCGGUCUAGGCACUGGAGUCCAGAUCUAUGGGGUGUUUGAACUUAACAACAGUACUUUUUUAACAGCUGCAGUCAAGAGAGGUCACAGCCAGUACGUCAAUCCAAGUGGAGUAGCAACAUUCUUCCAGAGCAUUAAAGAGGUUCUGCACAGACAAAGUGGAGUUAAGAUUGACUCCGUGGACCAUGAUCCCUGCUCCCACAAUCCAUGUCAAAAUGGGGGCAGCUGCAAGAGGCGGCUGGGUGUUGGCCCAGAAAUGAAGACUGAGGAGAGUGUCCCGGUUAUCCUCGUCUCAAAUCAGCCCCUACAGCCGUACGCCUGUAACUGCAGGCCAGGGUAUGCCGGUGCCCUUUGUGAAACGGAUAUCGAUGAGUGCCAGCCGACACCUUGCCACAAUGGUGGAACUUGCCACAACUUGGUGGGAGGAUUCUCAUGCACGUGCCCAGACGGUUUCACUGGGAUGGCUUGUGAGAGGGACGUCAACGAGUGCCUUUCGAACCCAUGCCAGAAUGGGGCACUAUGCCAGAAUUACCCCGGAGGCUUUAACUGCCUGUGCAAGUCUGGAUUUGCAGGGAAAGCCUGUGACUCCGUCAUCAAUUACUGUGAGUGUAACCCCUGUUUUAAUGGGGGUUCCUGCCAGAACCGUGUGGAAGGCUAUUACUGUCACUGUCCUUUUGGUGUGUUUGGAAAGCACUGUGAACUCAACAGUUACGGAUUUGAGGAGCUCUCCUACAUGGAGUUUCCCAGCCUCGACCCCAACAACAACUACAUCUAUAUCAAGUUCGCCACACUGAAGGAAAACGCCUUGCUCAUGUACAAUCACGAUAAUCAAACCGGGGACAAGGCGGAGUUUCUGGCCCUGGAGAUCUUGGAAGGCAGAAUGAGGUUCUCGUUUAACUUGGGAAGCGGUGCCUACAAGCUCAUGACGAGCAUCCGGGUCUCGGACGGCCAGUUCCACACGGUCAUCGCCAGAAGGGCAGGAAUGGCGGCGUCUCUUACCAUUGAUCUGUGUGGAGAGGAGCAGGAACCGGGAUACUGCGCUGUCAGCAAUGUGGCUGUUCAUACUGACUGGAUUCUGGAUGUCCAGCCGAACCGUCUGUCGGUCGGAGGUGUUCGCUCUAUUGAAGCGCUCCUGCACCGCAGCGGUCAGGUUUCCACACAUGAUUUCGUGGGAUGCAUCAUGGAGUUCGCAGUCAAUGGACGACCACUGGAACCAUCGCAAGCUCUGGCUUCACACGGCAUCCAGGACAGAUGCCCCCGUCUGGAGGCCGCGUGUGUCUCUGAGCCCUGCAGACAUGGAGGGACCUGUCUGGACAUGUGGUCGUGGCAGCAGUGCCAGUGCACAGACGGAUUCACCGGACCCACCUGCGAGAAAUACAUCAGCGCAGACACGGCUCUGUCUCUGGACGGCUCUGGACGGCUGGAUUACGCUUUGAGUCAGAGCCGUAAGAGGGAUGUGCUGCUGGAGCGAGCGCUGCAGGGUCCCGGCCGGAGCGUCCUGCAGCACAGCAGUCUGGAGCUCAAGUUUCGCACCCGCAGCGCAUCGGGGACACUGCUGCACGCGCAGGAGAGCUACAACUACACCACACUGCGGCUGAAGGGUGGCCUGCUGCAGUAUGUGUCUGACGCGGGAGUCGCAGGUAAAGUGGAGCGCACGGUUUCGGACGUUCUGCUGUCGGACGGUCAGUGGCACACACUGCUGCUGCAGAGGAACGGCUCCUCCACCGUCCUGCGCAUCGACCGCUCCAGCUCCAAGCUCAUUCUGCACAACACACAGGAUUUCGGGGGAAUCGACGUACACACACUGUCUCUGGGCGGCGUCCCGGUGCGGGCGACCCAGCAGAAGACCAGCCCGGGUUUUGAUGGGUGUUAUGCCUAUGUGAAGUAUAACGGAGAGAUGCUGCCCUUCAGUGGUGAACACAGGACCGUCUCCAUCUCCAAAACGGACCCAUCUGUGAAAAUCGGCUGCCGUGGCCCAAACCUGUGCGAGAGCAGUCCAUGCUGGGACGGGCUGAUGUGUGUGAACCAGUGGUACACCUACCAGUGUGUCCCGCCGGGAGACUGCACCUCAAACCCCUGCCAGCACGGUGGGAGUUGUGUUCCUGGCGUCCGCGGAGGCUUCAGCUGCGUGUGUGAGGAGUUUUACACCGGAAGGGUGUGCGAAAGCCUGGUUGCCUGUCUGGGGGUCCGAUGUCCGCAGGGAACCGACUGCAAACUGGGAGCCAACGGCGGGUUCACAUGCAGUCCCAGUGCCACAUCUGAAGAGAUGGUUCUGCCAAUCUGGGCGGUUCCUGCAAUCGUGGGCAGCUGCGCAACAGUCCUAGCUCUGGUGGUGUUGAGUCUCAUACUGUGCAACCACUGCAAGGGCAAGCGCAAGAAAACCAAAGUGCCAAAAGAGGAGAAGAAAACCAAGGAGAAGAAGAAGAAGAAGAAAAAGAAAGGUAGCGAGAAUGUGGCGUUUGAUGAUCCUGAUAACAUUCCACCCUACGGAGAUGACAUGACUGUUCGGAAGCAGCCCGAGGGAAACCCCAAACCUGAUAUUAUCGAGCGGGAGAACCCGUAUUUGAUCUAUGACGAAACGGACAUUCCUCACAACAACGAGACCAUUCCCAGUGCUCCCUGUGCUCCGUGUGCUCCGGAUGCAGAUAUGGAGCACUAUGAUAUCGACAACGCCAGCAGCAUCGCUCCAUCAGACGCCGACAUCAUCCAGCACUACAAACACUACCGCAGCCACACACCCAAGUUCUCCAUCCAGCGCCACAGUCCGCUGGGAUUUGCUCGGCAGUCCCCGCUUCCACUCGGUGCAACCAGUUACACCUAUCAACCCACAUACACCCCCGGCCUACGCUCCACCCCGCUCAGCCAUUCAGCCUGCCCGACACCUAAUCCCCUGUCCCGCCACAGCCCUGCGCCCUUCACCAAACCAUCCUCCUUCUACCGAAACACUCCGACUCGUGAACUCAACCUGGCACGCCGUGAAGGAAGUCCUCUGGAUUUCCACAGCGACCCAUGCCAGCCAGGUAUGUUCAACUAUGCCACACGUUUAGGUCGGCGCAGCAAGAGUCCUCAAACGAUGGGAUCUCGUCCUGGAAGUCGCCUUAAGCAACCAAUCGAGCAAAUCCCACUGGAAAGUGGCCCUCCUGUUGGGUUAUCAAUAGAAGAGGUGGAGCGCCUAAACACUCCACGUCCCAGAAACCCCAGCAUAUGCAGUGCCGAUCACGGACGCUCGUCGUCUGAAGAAGACUGCCGGCGUCCUCUAUCCCGUGUCCGAAACCCAGCAGACGGCAUCCCGGCUCCGGAAUCAUCCUCUGAAAGUGACUCCCAUGACUCCUUUACUUGCUCGGAGAUGGAGUACGAUCGGGAGAAACCGGUGUCCUAUAGUUCUCGAAUGCCUAAGCUCUCGCAGGUUAACGAAUCUGAUGCUGAUGAUGAAGAUCAUGGAGGAAGAAUGCGGCAGCGGAGAUACUCGAGUCGGCGAGCUGAGGGCGGACCGGCUAGUGGACACAACACCAUGUCGGAGUACCAGCACCACACUUUACCACACAAACUGGGCCAAGGGUCCAACAACUUCAACUGGGACAACCUGCUGAACUGGGGUCCGGGGUUCACCCACUACGUUGAUGUUUUUAAAGACUUAGCACUGCUGCCGGAAAACUCUGCUGCUAAAGAAAUCGAAAUGAAGAGCGGCGACGGCUCCAUCACUAUCCUGAAUGAAGGCGAAGCCGAGCAAUACGUAUGAGACGAGUGGAGAAAGGCAUCACAGAUUUCAGAUAAUAAGACGAACUUAAAUGCAGCAAGGCAGAGCACUGAUUUAAAAGAGACGAGCAUCGGACACUCUUCACAAUAGUGCAAUACUGAAACACACAAGGGGUUGCGUAUGUUUUCGUUUCGCUGUUAAGUUCUGUGUGACUAGUCAUGCAAAGGUGCAUCUUGUUGUAAUUGCAUGCCAUAAUCUUUAUGUACAGUGUUGGCCAAUUGUGUUUGUAAUUUACUAAGAGAAUCGAAGACAAGCAAUGGUUUGCGUGAUCGGAUUCAUAUCCGUCUUGGAGGCAUCACAUAGCUAUCAAUCAGAAAAAGAGUGUACACACCCCCGCUUAAUCACUUUCAUGCAGAAAAGUCGCUGGCACUUAAAAAUCUCAAGUUUCUGCAGACUUUAAUUUUAAUUUGAUGAUCUAUUUCCAACUUAAAUGGAAUAUCAAGUGGGGGCGGGGUUUAUUUUUAGCCCCGCCUUUCAUCUGUCAGUCCCAGAUCACAUCAUGAAUUCAUUUAACAUUGAUCACAGAUGCUGAGAGUCUAAACAGUGAACCAAUAGUCGUCCAACUCCUACUACACACACACACAACGUCUGGAAGUGGAAGCAGCAUGGAGAGCUGCAAAAACACACAUGAAGUGAAUGAGUUUGGUCUGUUCUGGCUGAAAUCAGAGUUCGGAAAUAAAGUUAGGGGUCAGCGUGACCCUCCUGGACUCUGGGCUCAAUCCAUCUGGCUGAUUUUCCCGUGUGUUACAGCUUUGACCUCUAGGAAACACUUCCAUGAGCUCGGUGUGAAGCUGUGUUUGGCUCCGGUUCUUCAUGCUCCGGCCAAAAGAGAAAGACAACGUCCGCCAAGAACGGGUGUUUCUCAUCCUGAAUAACUAGCUGCCGUCUAAAACAACAAAAGCUCCAGAUAUGAGAUUAAUCAGACCUCUGCCUUCUGGAUAUUUGAGGAUUUACGUUUGGAAGCACGCGUGGACACUGUGACUUUGAACGGUUGUUUUUAUUGCAGGUUUUAUACAAACACGCUCGGCCUGCUACUACGAACAAACUAUGAACUCGUGUACAUUUUCUUUUGUAUUAAUGAGGAAGCUCUUUGGAAUUCGAUGUUCUCUGUUGUUUUAUUUUUGCUCGAUGUUUUUAAAAGUGUACUGUUUCUACUUGUUCUUUUUUUGUUUUUGUUUGUUUUUUACUGUUUAUUAACUUAAAGGUCCAUCUGCGUUUUUAUGGAUAUUUUUCAUAUGCUGGAAAUGAGGUUCUUACUUUCAGCGGAAGAUUGAACUUCUUAUUUUUUACAUUUGUUACUUAUGUAACAUCAGUAUUUUUUCCACUAUUUUGAUAAAACCAUAACAUAAUGUCUGAUUUAUACGUGUAAAAGCCAAUAACAGAAUAAAAAAUAUUUAUUUAAAA